GGUCGGGUUAUAAAUUACGCGCUGAGAGGCACAGCAACACACGGACAACCGGAGCAUUUCGCUCAAAUACAAGCCCACUACUACCGCCAACAGAUCAUAUAGUCAAACAAACGUACAUUUUCUUCAUAUAAGUAUUUCGUUCCUGCUUUAAGGUACACUCAGGGCGCACAAUGGCAGAAAAUAUAAACAUGGAGGGGAAGGCAUCCAACGGAGAAGCGCAUUUUGAUGAGCCGAUAGCCAACGGACUCCGCCACAAGAAGUGUUCCAACGAGACAACCGUGGAGAAAAUCAAGAGGUUGGUCAUGGCCAACUUGCUGGUGAUUCUCACCGUGGCCGGGGUGAUCGUCGGGGUGUUCAUCGGACUUGGCGUGCGCCACAUGGAGCUGAGCAGGACACAGAUCCUCUACGUGGGCUUCCCUGGCGAGCUGCUCAUCCGGCUGUUGAAGAUGAUCAUCAUCCCGCUGGUCGUGUGCAGCCUGGUGUCCGGGGCGGCCAGCAUCGACCCCAAAGCCCUGGGCAAGCUGGGCGGCUGGGCGAUGGUUUUCUUUUUGGUCACCACUUUAAUUGCAUCAGCCAUCGGGGUGAUCAUGGCGUUCAUCAUCUCCCCCGGAUCAAACACCGGCUCCAAGCCGAUUUUGUCGGAUGACGGCGAGCUGCCCCAGGCCAAAGAAGUGGUGGAUUCCUUCUUGGACCUGAUCAGAAACAUCUUCCCCUCCAACUUGGUGUCUGCUGCCUUUCAGUCUUACGCUACCAGCUACAAGUUUGUGACCAAGAAUGGCUCUAAUGGCUUGCCCAGCAUCACAGUUGAGAAGGUUCCCUUUGGCACAGACCAGGACGGUAUGAACAUCCUAGGACUGGUGGUGUUUGCCAUAGUGUUUGGUGUAGCCCUGAGGAAGCUGGGAGAGGAGGGAGAGAUCCUCAUCAAGUUCUUCAACUCCUUCAACGAGGCCACCAUGGUGCUGGUGUCCUGGAUCAUGUGGUAUGCCCCCCUUGGAAUCAUGUUCUUGGUGGCAGGGAAGAUCGUGGAGAUGGAGGACGUGGGAACGCUGUUUGCCAGCCUGGGCAAGUACAUUGCCUGCUGUAUCGUCGGCCACGCCAUCCACGGCCUGCUGGUCCUGCCGGGCAUCUACUUUAUCAUCACCCGCAAGAACCCCUACACCUUCCUGUGGGGCAUCUUCACCGCUCUGGCCACAGGCUUUGGAACCAGCUCCAGCUCUGCCACCCUGCCCCUGAUGAUGAAGUGCGUGGAGGAGAACAACGGCGUGUCGAAGCACAUCAGUCGUUUCAUCCUGCCCAUCGGGGCCACCGUGAACAUGGACGGUGCAGCGCUCUUCCAGUGUGUGGCGGCCGUCUUCAUCGCUCAGCUCAACAACAUCCCACUCAACUUCAUCCAAGUCUUCACCAUCCUAGUGACAGCCACAGCGUCCAGUGUGGGAGCAGCAGGGAUCCCCGCGGGGGGCGUGCUGACGCUGGCCAUCAUCCUGGAGGCAGUGGGACUGCCCACCAGCGACAUCUCCCUCAUCCUCGCCGUCGACUGGCUCGUUGACCGUACCUGCACCAUUCUGAACGUGGAGGGCGACGCCUACGGAGCUGGGCUGCUGCAGUGGUACGUGGACCGCUCUGCCAAGUCCGAGGAGGGGCCGGAGCUAAGCGGGGUAAAGAUGGAGGACGACACGCCCGCCGUGCCGGAGCACUCGCCCCUCAUCGAGGAGAAGGAGAGCUGGGGUGCGGGCGACGAGACGGCGGCUCGCGGCUCUGAGAAAGAGUCGGUCAUGUAGAUGGUUCGCUGCCGUGUCAUCGAUGACCCACCGUUUGACCCCUCAAUCAUGCCAAUCCAGAAAGGAGGGGAGAGGGCCUUUUUAGACUUCCAUUUAAAGACGAUUCCUCUCCUUGUGUCUUCUCUCUUUCUAAGCGAGACUGAUAGAUCCAGGUGGGGGGUAAAGGAGAGCGUGAACAGAGGCUGUUCAGAUUUGAACAUGACAGAGUAUUUUUUUAAGGACUCUAGAUUGGAAUCCUUUGAAUGCUGCUUUGGUUCAGAAGAGCUGGCCCUGACUUCCUCUCUCUUUUAAAUAUUUAUAACAGUAACCAGCCUUGAAAAAGCAAAUAUCUCCAUGUUUUCUAUAUCACAGCCGCAUGUACAGUUUGUUUCUCUGUGUAUGAAGUAGCCUGCACUAAUUCUCACUGUACUUUGUGAGAGUAGAUGAUGAAAAUUCCAAAGUUAUCACACAAGAUCCUCUGUACUGUAUGAUGUACCAAAUUAAGUUAAAUCCUAAAUGAUGUUCCACUGCUAGAAAAAUGACUUUUCUCACACAAGAACUGUAGCUCUGCUCAAUGCUUCUAAUCUGUAGCUGUUUUUAUCCCAAACAGUGUCAUUUCAGUUAGUCAGUCUGGGGCUCGUGUCCAUGCCAAGCACAAGAGGGUUUGCACAGUCCAAAUGAAGGCCUCGUCUUCUCACAAUAUUAAAAGAAUGUGUGAGAGGUGUUGCAAUAGAGAUCCUAUUAAAUUACUAGAGGGGAAAUGUCAUAAUCUCUCAAAGUUCCAGAAUGGGUCAAAAUGGCAGCCAUCUUGGUCAGGGAGAAAUCCAAAAACAGUCUUUGGAAUGAAUCGCAGUAGAGGCAUAGGUGAUGCAUUUCCUGCUUUUACUUAAGCAGGGGGGGAAAGUAAGGCAUGUGAUACAUCAUAAAUUGUGCUAUAGAAAUACUGAUUUGAGCUAGUGUUGCUAUGGAUUGACUGCAUUGUUUGAAUAGGGAUGUUGGCAUAUUAGCAGUUAAUUUGAAAAAAUGUAUAGAAUCAUUCCUCAAACUGUCUGGCUAGCUAGCUAAUACACACAUAGAGUGCAGAUAAAUUAUUUUUGUUUUACACUAUAUUAUAACAGCACUGGCAAACCAUGGUUGACCAACUCCAUGACCAACGUGGCUGACCUUUGGACUUUGAUAAGAAGGUUAAUGACCAUUCUAGUAUUCUAAUUCUUAAUUCUAUUGGUGUUGCCCUUCCUGUUCCUUCACUAGGCUAAGAGUUGCAGUAACAUAAUGUUGCAAGUCCUAUGUUUAUUGGGGCUUAGGACUUUUGGCAGAAGAGUGGGAAGAUAAGUGGGGGGAGUUACAGUGAGUAAGUCUGAGGCAAAUUCAUUUACAGGAAAAAAUUAUGAAAUUCUAUUUCUCUAUGACAAAGGUGUAUCUUUUAAAGCAAGGGUUAUUGACUGUAGGCCGGUUAUCAAUGUGUUAAUUUCAUUGCUUUUUUAAUGACCUCUUUUUUUUUUUUUUAUAUGUAUCAGAUAUACUUCAAAGCAGACGAGGCCAGUGGCUGAGUAGGCACAUACUCGUCAGCCUCUUUUUGGGUCCGUUCUACUGUUUAAAAUUGUCUCCAAACUGGCUUCCUUUCAUCAAGUGAAGAAUGUACCUUACCCAAAUCAUGAACACGCCUUUUUUAUUUUUUUAUUUGUAGACUUAGUAACGUUAUUUUAAAGUUUAUUUUUGCUAGUUAUUUGAUGUUUUAAUCAUUUGUUGGUAAUAGCUUUUUAUACUCAAUGUUUAUCAUUCUGCACAGAGCCGCCUGAAAACCUUUGGCGAGACAGCAUUUUUAUUUUAUUUAACUAGACAAGUCAGUCCCUAUGGGACUCCCGAUCACGGCCGGUUGUGAUACAGCCCGGGAUCAAACCCGGGUCUGUAGUGACACCUCUAGCACUGCAAUGCAGUGUCUUAGUCCGAUGCGCCACUUGGUUCCUUUGCUCCAGUACUAUUACCACUUCCAAAGCAGCAGCACCUACUGGCCAGUUACUUGCGUUCCAGUUCAACACUUACCCGCUCUGUCACAAUCUACCAUUGAAAACUGUUUUCCUGAGCAAAAAUAAGCGACUAUAAAUCUACUUGCUGAGCUUACUUAUUUUAGGGAAAGGGAUUUACAACGGUAAACCUUCAAAAGUGAACAUACUAGCAAUAUGCUGGCUACUGGUGAUAGUCUGCACAAAGAAAGCUACAAAAAUACACGUUUUAGCAUUCGUCUUGGCUAUCUUACUGUACUAGCCAGGUUGAUUAAGCAAUAAGGCCCGAGGGGGUGUGGUAUAUGGCCAAUAUACCACGGCUACGGGCUGUUCUUCGGCACGACACAACGCGGAGUGCCUGGAUGCAGCCCUAAGCCGUGGUAUGUUGGCAAUAUACCACAAACCCCAGAGAUGCUUUAUUGCUAUUAUAAACUGGUUACCAACGUAAUUAGAGCAGUACAAAUAAAUGUUUUGUCAUGACCGUGGUAUACAGUCUGAUAUACCACGGCUGUCAGCCAAUCAGCAUUCAGGGCUCGAACCAGCCAGUUUAUAAAAUCUCUUUGGGAACGCAAUUGUCUUAAAGGGACAGCGUCCUAUUUUGAGAUGUAAAACAAAUAUUCUCAAUAACAUACUUUAGAGAAAAAAAAGGAAUGCAAUUAAUAUAAUGCAGUUCUAAAGAAUAAAGUAAUGACUUGCAUUGCGAAAUUAUAUUAAACCAGAUUUGUUUUAUACAUAUAAUAACCAAUAGCCUAUUAAUAGCUGCAUAUAGAGAGAAAGCGUGCCAACCUAUGGGCUCUACAUGACCCCAAUGCAUUUAUUCUUUAAGGGCCAGUCAGGCCGACUGGCCUAGUCGGGCCAGUGAGAUAAAAGUUAAUAGGCUGUCAUUGUAAAUAAGAAUUGGUUCUUAACUGACUUGCCUAGUUAAAUAAAGGUUCAAUAAAACAAAUCAUGUUGGACCCUGCCAUAGCCUAUGAACAGGACCCAGACCAUGACCCGGUUCAUGAGAUUAGGAAAGACUCCAGGCACCAGAAAAGACACCUAUGAAUUAUUUUGCUACACUACUUUUGAACCUGUGGUGCCGCCUCUUAAUUCUGCAGCCUUUUCCCCCUGCUGUCUGUCUUUGUUUUGUGCAAUGCUGUAAAAAAACACCUCAUUCCACAGGGUCUUUGGAGUGCCGUGUGUAUCUAUGUGUAUGUGUGUGUCAGCGUGUGUACAGAUGUACGUGUGGUGAUGGUGGAUGUGUAGUCAGUCACCAUGGUUACAUGAUGACAUAGUUACUAGAGCUGUAGAGAACCACGGUUUUGCUCUGAAAUUACUCCGUUAUUUCUAGAAAUAAAAUACUUUUUAUUAAUAUUCA